AUGUCAUAUGGAAACACACAAGAUUAUAUGGUUAACGCCUGUUCCCUGGUGAAUUUCAUCAUAUCAUAUUCCAAAAUUUUCCCUCGUGAACCCCUUCUCCUGAGAAAGGCUCUAUACUCUAGAAGCUACACCUUAGGACAAUUCGUGCCCACUUACCCCGAACAUCGCAGUUACCUCAUUUGUUUCGCCGUCGAGGAAUACAUUACCGUUCUGGGAAGGAAAAUUUUGCUCUUGCAAUUGAGCAAACGUAGAAAGCCUCUACCCCCAGGACCGAAGGGCAGCUUCUUUUCUGGUGUCAAGGAUAAGCUACCAUCAACGGAACCCUGGAAGACAUACGCUGCGUGGAGUUCAGAAUUCGCGAGUCCCGUCAUCGCAUUUAGAGUGUACAAUCGGACUAUCGUUGUUUUGAAUGACCAUGUUUCGGUUAAGACUCUUCUUGAUCAACGAGCGAACUUGUAUUCCGACCGACCUCUGUCGUGGAUGUUCCAUGAAACCUGCGGACGAAGAAAAGCCAUUUUUAAUAUACCAUCUUCGGAUCCGAGGCAUCGAAUUUACCGCCGCUUAUUGCAAAAGGGCCUUGGAACCCGUGCCACGAUGGAAGCAUGGCCUUGUCUGAAGGAGCAGACCGUUGUAAUGUUAAACGGUUUUGUGGAUGAUCCACAUAGGUGGCAACAGCAUGUACGCCGACACUCUGCCGCAGUCAUUAUGAAACACGCCUUUGGCUAUUCAAUUGAGAGCUUAGACGAUCCAUUUAUCAACGUCGCCGACGAAUGUUCUAAGAUUUCUGGCUGGGCUACUGCCCCUGGGAGGUGGCUCGUAGAUUACUAUCCAAUUCUGCGCUUCGUCCCUUCUUUCUUUCCAUACACACAGUGGCAAAAACAAGGGCGGAUAUGGAGAGACGCACUAGCUCAUCUUUCUGAAGUACCCCAUAACUGGGUCAAGGAACAAAUGGCGUUGGGGGUGCAUGAAGAAUCGUUCACUUCUAGGCUAUUGGCAGCCGACAACGGCAAGCAGUCGAUUAUACAGGUUACGCCUGAAGAAGAGGAUAUCAUCAAGUGGUGUGCGGGAGGCUUAUACGCCGGCGCGUCAGACACUAUGGCUUCGGCAAUCACGUCGUUCGUCCUGCUAAUGGCGAUACAUCCUAACAUUCAGCUGAAGGCGCAAGCAGAGCUUAGCUCGCUUUCUGAACGUUAUUCUUUUAUGGAUGUAUCGGAAGUUCCUGAUCCUGUAGCCAUCUUUCAGCUACCUUACCUUACUGCAAUAUUGAAGGAACUUCUACGCUAUGCACCAGUAGGUAAUUUAGCACUGCCUCACAGCGUGACUACGGAUGAUGAGUAUUGUGGAUUUCGUGUUCCCAAAGGUUCACCCAUAAUGGCAAAUGUUUGGGCUAUAAUGCACGAUCCUGAAUUGUAUCCAGAUCCCUUCACUUUUACUCCGGAGCGUUUUCUUGACGCUGGGGUAGGUAAGAACACAAACCCCGAUCCCAGGCAAUUUGCGUACGGUUUUGGUAAACGCGCAUGUCCGGGGGCCCAUUUUGCAGAGACGGCAAUGCUUCUUGUAAUGUCCGCUAUACUAAUUCGCUUUCGUGUGGGCGUUGAAAGCAGCAUAGCAAUCCAUAUUCGUCCUGAAUUCACGACUGGUAUUACUAGCCAUAUCAAACCCUUUCCUAUACAAAUAAUACCACGUGUCUUCUCUAAGAUAUCUCGAUAA